UCACCCUCGCAGCUAUUUGCCUUCCAUGAGCUCACUUCGGAAGUCAGUGUGGCAGCUCGCAUUGUGAGGUAGUGUUGGUGGAGGGGAUCUGGCUCGUCCUUCGUUGAAGAUCUGGGCCUGUGAGCCCUGAGAGCCUGAUCCUGUGAGCCCUGAGACCCUGCUCCUUUGAUCCCUGUGAGCCUGCUCUUGAGCCCUGAGAGCCUGCUCUUGAACCCUGUGAGCCCUGAGAGCCUGCUCCACGCCCCACCUGAGGUAGUUGUGAGCGUUGUUGCCUCGUACACCAGCAGGAGUAUUCCCGCCUGACUAUAGCCCCUGAGACUAGUCUAAAUAACAGCAUCGAUUCAUGAUGCAGUGCCUACGUGUGGUGCUGUUUGUGAUCUUCGGUACACUGGCUUGGGCUUCACAGGAUUGUAAAAACAAGAUAUCAUGCUCGGAUUGUAUUCAAACACCAAAUUGUAUGUGGUGUGGAAAAUCAGGGAAUUUUACUGAUGCUGAUGAAAAAUAUUUGUCAAGAUGCAUCAAACGAACAGACGAGGUGGCUUCCAGAUGGCGUGCUGCCUGUGGUGCAGAUAGCAUUAAUGAACCUGGGAACUACUUUGAGAUGGUUGAUGAUUUUGAACUGACGCAAGCUGGUGUACUGGCUGGUAGCGGUAGCGGCAGUGGCAUUGGAAUUGGUGGCAGUGAGAGUGGAGAAGCCGUGGUGCAAAUAAAACCACAACGGGUCACCAUGAAGCUCAGAGUCCAAGAGGCAUACAGUAUGCAGGUGACCUUCAGACAGGCUGAAGAUUAUCCAGUGGAUCUCUACUACCUUAUGGACUUAUCUAAGUCUAUGGAGGAUGAUAAAGAGUCUCUCUCCAAGCUUGGUGCACAACUGGCUGAAGAGAUGCAGAAAAUCACCAAGAACUUUAAGCUUGGUUUUGGGUCUUUUGUUGACAAAGUUGUCAUGCCCUAUGUCAGCACUGUUCCAGAAAGGCUUCAGGCUCCUUGUACGAAUUGUGCAUCUCCUUAUGGAUUCCGAAAUGCGUUGCCACUUACUACCAAUGCUGAAGCUUUUGCUCGAGAGGUUCAAGAUGCACCUGUAUCUGGUAAUUUGGAUGCACCUGAGGGAGGUUUUGAUGCUAUUAUGCAGGCCAUUGUAUGUCAAAAGCACAUCAAUUGGCGACAGGAGGCUCGCAGACUUCUGGUGUUCUCCACUGAUGCGGGCUUCCAUUAUGCUGGUGAUGGCAAGCUUGGUGGUAUUGUUAAGCCCAAUGAUGGUGAAUGUCACAUGGAUCUCAAAGGGGAGUACUAUACACACUCCACACUCCAGGAUUAUCCUUCAGUGUCACAGAUAAACCAAGUUACUAAGGAACACAAGAUGAACUUGAUUUUUGCCGUCACUGAAGAGCAGUCAUCAGUAUACUCUCGUUUGUCACAAAUGAUUGAAGGAUCUAGUCAGGGUGAAUUGACAGCAAAUUCUUCCAAUGUCGUUGAACUUGUCAAGCGGGAAUACAAUAAAAUUACCAGUAAAGUGGAGUUGAAGGACAAUGCCACAGCGCCAGUAUUUAUUCGCUACUUCUCCAAGUGCAAAGGUAGCACAGAGAAGGAAACUUCAGUUUGUCAAGGUCUGCGUGUGGGUGAUCAAGUGGAAUUCCGCGCCGAAAUUACCGUUGAAAAAUGCCCUGCGGAUAGGAAAGACUGGCACCAAGUGAUUGGCAUCUAUCCGGUUGGCCUGCGUGAGAACCUGACAAUUGAACUGGAUAUGCUCUGCGACUGCCUGUGUGAGCGGCCAGGAAAUGAGGGCUACAUUUCUGGAGCUGAAGAGUGUAACUUGCAUGGCACAUACCAGUGUGGAGUGUGUAAGUGUGACCAAGGGUUCUUGGGCAGCAACUGUGAAUGUGGUACCAACACUCCUCGGGGAACAGGCAGCCUUGACGACUCGAGUUGUCGGGAAACAAAUUCUUCUGCUAUCUGUAGUGGCCGUGGCACUUGCACGUGUGGAGAGUGCAAGUGUAAUGAGAGGGAUGAGCCAGAUGAGGUUGUAGAUGGCAAGUUCUGUGAGUGUACAAACUUCCUGUGUAAUCGUUUCAAUGGCUUGUUGUGCUCUGGCCCAGACCAUGGUGAGUGUGUGUGUAAUGAUUGCAAGUGCAAGCCAGGCUGGACAGGGGAAGCCUGCAACUGUGAAGAUAGUAUAGAAAACUGCAUCAACCCUGCCAAUGGUGAAAUAUGCUCUAAUCAGGGAGAAUGUGAGUGUAAUCAGUGCAAGUGUUUUGAAAAUGCUGACGGCCGCUACUCUGGCAAGUGGUGCGAGGACUGCCCGACAUGCAAGGGCAAGUGCGUACCAUACAAGGCCUGCGUACAGUGCCAGGUGUUCGAGACUGGUGAGUUCACCCCUGAGGAGUGUAUCGCCAACUGCACGCUCUUCAAUGCAACACGUGUUCCUGAAGCCGUUGAGGAAGAAGGUGAACGACUGUGCAGCUUCUUUGAUGAAAAUGAUUGCCGUUUCAAGUUUGUAUACGGCUACGAUGAGAAUAAGGAACCCAUAGUACGUGUUCAGCAGACCCUUGAAUGUCCACCAAAACUUGAUAUUCUUGGAAUUGUUCUUGGUGUGAUCGGUGCAAUUGUUGCGGUGGGACUGGCGCUCCUGCUGAUGUGGAAGGUUCUCACUACCAUCCAUGACAAACGGGAAUUUGCACGUUUUGAAAAGGAACGCAUGAUGGCUAGAUGGGAUACAGGUGAGAAUCCCAUCUACAAGCAGGCAACAUCAACAUUUAAGAACCCCAUGUAUGGUGGCAAGUAAAUUGCCAUUUUCUUUGAUCUCAUUCUAGGAUCUGAAAACAUAUUUGAUAUGUUAGCCUUAAAAGUGCUGGAACUGGUUGCUAGUACUGUAGUUUAUAAUAAACGUGAAUUCCGUGUUCAUAGAAACUCACAUGUAACAUUAGCUUAUGCCUUGAACCUCUUGAUAAUAUUAGGCUAGUCUCAUAUAUUCAUAUAAUUGUAUGUGUAUGUAAUGUAGUUAAUGGUAUAUCAGGUUUGCUGGACGAUCCAGUGUGAUAUGUGCCAAUUGUAGUGGAAGUUUUAUCAAGUUUAGUACUAAACCUAUUUUUUCUCAUGUUAUAGACUGGCAUUUUCAGAUGUAUCUUUGUUGUAUUUAUACUUAGUUAAUAAUAUACAGUAUAACUUAGUGAUUUAUACCAAUAUUAAACAGUGAUAUAUAAUACUGCUCCAUAUUUGCACAAAAAACUGACAAAACUUACUACAAAGCACUUUUGUAGUUUGAAAUUUUCUAAUGAUCACAGUAUAAGUACAGAAAAGACCAUUGAUGCUAAAAUGUAAUAAAAUUAUCAAAUUAUUAAGUAAAGCUCUCUACUUAUAUAUUGUGCUAUAUCCUUUAUAUCCUAUGGAUGUAAAAGUAACAAGAUUGGAUUAAAAACAGCUAACUUGUGAGUUGGGAUGGGAAAGAGUACGUUAAUGUGUUUCAUAAGGCUUUAAGUUGUCUUGUUGCAAAUUUGAUGAAAAUGUAUGUAUAACUAUCUGUAAUUUUUUUUUUAUGAAAAUGCAUUGGAAAAUGAGUGUGAAUGUAUCCAAGUUUGCAAUGGAAAAAUGUUUGAUAUGAAAUCUUUGUAUAUAAUUAGCUCUAAAGGUGCUUUCAGUUUUUAGUGUAAUUUUAUUUUAUAUAAUGCUGUACUUGUUAUUUAAGAAUGUAUAAUUAUAUUUAAUACAAAAAUAUACCAUAUUUACUGGGAUAGUUUUGAAGCUUUACUAAUGUAUAAUGUUAAAUAUAAUACAAUUUUAUAUCGAAAUAGAACAAAUUAAAAACCAGUCGAUCAAAUGUAACUGCAUUGUUUGGGAAACCACAUUAUUUAUAAUUUCUAAAUGCAAUGCCUCAUUACAGUACUAGUACUUGUAAGUUAUUUAGAAAAAUGUUUAAAUUCAUCAGCAAUUUUUAUAUUUCUGAUUAUGAAGCCAAAGUUUGUGGACAAUCAAAAAGAUGUGUAAUAUUUUGGUCACAGUGGAGGCAGCUACUUUAUUUGUAUCUCAUGUAUUUACAGUAUUCUGUAAUGACAACUUAAUGUUUUUCAGCAAAAUACACCUUGUAUAGUGCGAUAGUAAUUAAUACAUAUGUACAGCAACUGUACAAUUAUUUAAUAAAUUGAACUACUC